CCGUCCUCAACCAAUCAGCGCCCGAGCUCGCAGCGCUGGGGCGGAGCCAAGCGAGAGCGCGGGCGAUGGAGCGGACGCUCAGUCUGGAGCAGCGAACGGAGCGGCUGGUGCAAAGGAGGUGGGAGAGCAGCCCGGCCUCGAGUGCCCCUCGAGAUCCCCAAGCCCUGCUCAGCACCCGCCCCCGCGGGCCACAAAGGGCGAAGCCUCCGUUUGGCUCCGCCCCCUCCAGAUCCACCCUCGGCGAUCCCCUCGUCCAGUGGCGCUUGAGGCGGUGCCAAAGGGAGGAGCCGGCGCUGGACGCGCCCUCGGCGGGGAGGGCCCUGCCGGGCUCUGCCGCUCCCCAGGGCGCCCUGCAGGGGGUGCCACGGGGGAGGUCACAUGACCCCCCCGGGGCCGUGCAGGGGGCCGUGCCCUGGGGGCCACGUGAUCCCCCCGGGGGUCACUGGCCAAUCAGGAGGCACCUCUGCAAGCCCCUGCGCCAGGGGGCGCCUUCAGCGCAGGCCGGCUCCCAGGAGCCCUUGCGGCGGGAGCCCUGCUGGAGGCCGCCCGGCUCCCGCGGGGCCCUCUGGGCAACGGGGAGCGGCCCUCUGGGUGCUCGGCAGGGGGCGCUGUACUCACAGGCACGUGACUCCCGCGAGGCCCUGUCGCCAGUCAGCCGCAGCUGCUGGGCAUCUCUGCACCAGGGGGCGCCACCCUGUGGGAAGCGAGAGUCCCAUGAGCCUUUGCGGCAGGAGCCAUGUUGGGGGUCACCUGACUGCCUCGAGGCUCUGCGGUGUGCGCCACCUUUGCGGCCACGUGACUCCCAGGAUGCCCUGCGGCCCGCAAGGGAGGCGCUUCCCGAGCCCCUGCGCCGGGGGGGGCCGGGCUUGAGGUCACGUGAGCCCCGUGAGGCGCCGCAGCCAAUCAGGAGCAGUGCCCGUGAUGCCCUGCAGGGGGCGCCGCUGCAGCAGCCGCUGGGCUGUUUGGGGGACCCCCUCCUCUGGAUGCUGCGAUGCCACCGCCGAGCCAUAAGGGGACGGCUUCGGGCCAUCGAGACCCUCCUGGAACCCCCACCAGGGCGCCCCCAACCCAUGGGCUGCAGGGGAAUCUCUGCUCUGGCACCUGCAGCACCUCCUCACCUGGGGAUCUGCUCGGGGAGGAGAGACAACAGCAGUGAAAGGGACUUGGCACCAAAGGAGGCAUCAGCAGAGCAAGAAACAUUUCCCAAGCUCUAGCUGGUGUCAGGUGAACUCAGACGGGAGAUCAGGCAGAAUUUCCUUUCCACCAGUUGUCCAUAUUCCAUCAUCACUUGUGAGUUGUUCCUGCACAGAAUCACAAAAUCAGUUAGAUUGGAAGAGACUAGUAGGUCAUCUGGUCCAACCUCGCUGCUCAGGCAGAAUCAUCCUGGCGCACAUGGCACAGGAUUGUGUCCAGACCUACAGUCCCCUGUAGAUCCAGAUGAGGUUCAGUGUGCACAAACCAUGUGGUGGAAGUUCCUACUGAGCUGCCAUCGCCAUAUACCAACUCAUUGGCAGUGAUGUUGUGGAAAGGAGGAGAACAAAGAGUAGAUAAUUUGGUUACCAAACUCUGGCAAUGUGAAGAAAGUACCGCUUCCACCUAUGAACCUGCAUCUUGUCUGUGGAAAGGACCUCCAGCAAUUUAAAGAAGUGCCCCAUGCCCCACCAGUACAGACCAGAGUCUAUGGGGAGCAAGUGCCUCCUGCCCAAGAGAGAGGAGGCACACCACGAGGUUACCUGUGGUUUUACCUGCCUGACCAUGGUGAAGACAUGAAGAGGUGGGAUGGAAAACCCACCUCUGCCUUGGCAGCACAGGUAUGUGAAUUGACAGGAAAAAUUAACCACCACAGAAAACUCCUCAAGGAAAAAUGGCACUCCAGUUUCCAGUGGGCAAGUCCUCAGGCAGAAUUGAAGGGCUGAUGUUACCUCUGAUCCUCCUGAAGGGACCUCCAGGUCAUGUUUACAAGCACUGACCAAUGAGUACUGUGACCAGAACUAGAGGGGUCCUGGCUCCAGCCAGGUGUGGAAAAAGGACAGCGGGAUCUCUUGGACUGUGUGGAUCCAUGGCCUGGCACAGCAGGGCCCCAGGAGCACAAGGCUUUACUUGACACUGGUGCCAUCAAGAUAUGUAGGGGCAGAAUCCAUCUCUGUUUCUGGGAUGAUGGGGGAUCCCAACAGGGACUGUACUGGAAGCUGAAGUGCUCCUGACUGGGAAUGAAGGGCAAAAACACUCCACUGUGAUUGGCCUAGACGCUCCGUGUAUCCUUGGCAUAGAUCACCUCAUAGAGGUAUUUCAAGGACCCAGAAGGACAUCACUGGGCUUUGGGAGAGCUGCUGUGGAAUUAGACAGAAGAAAUUAAGACAGCUGAAUCCCUUGCUUGGUCUUUCAGAGGACCCUUCUGCUGUGGGACUUCUGAGGGUUGAAGAACAGCAGGUACCAAUGGCCAGCACAAGUGUCCCAUUGGCAACAUGGCACCGACUGGGACUUCAGGACCCCAUCCAUGAGAUGAUCCAUGAACUGGAGGGCUGGGCGUGCUCAGCAGGACUCGCUCGCCCAUCAGUAGCCCCACAUGGCCCAUGCCUGAGUCCAGCGGAGAGUGGACACUGACAGUGGACUGUCAUGGCCUGAACAAAGUCACACUGUCACUGAGUGCUGCCAUGCUGGACAUGCUGGAACUUCAGUGUGAGCUGGAGUCCAAGUGCCACCAUUGCAUUGCCAAUGCGUUCUUCUCCAUUCCUCUGUUAGCAGAUUCCCAGCCCUGGGGUCCCUCUUUGGGCCCCCAGCCCUGAGGCUGCCCCAGGUGGGGCCUUGGCCUCCCUGUGGCCCCCUGUCCACACAGGUGGGUUUGGUGGCCACCUUGAUUAGUGCCACCCUCAGCUCCAGGGGGUCCCUGGGGGUCCCUGGUGAGGGGGAGCAGGGGCUGAUGGAGCUCUGUGCCCAGUCACAUGGGGAGGAUGUCCCACUUUCAGGGGGUGUUCAAUCUUACAGGAAGGGUGGUGUCCAGUCCAGUGAUGGGUCCCCCAAUGCCAUGGAAGGAGGGGGUGUGUGACCCAAUCCCAUGGAGAGGAUUUCAGUUCCAAGAAGGUAAACCAGUUACAUGUGGGGGCCUCAAGGCCAUUAACUGGAGCAGGGGGGUCCCAAUCCCAUGCAGAGGGGCCCAGAUCCCUGGGUGGGGUCUCAUUCCAUGAAGGGGGAUAGUGUCCUCUGUCCCAUUGGCAGGGUCCCAAAAAUGAAGGGGAGGAAGUAUGCUCUUGCCCCAUCCUGUUUGCCACACUGUUGGGGUCCCCCCCUGUAUUCAGGGUCUUCCCUCCCUCUAUUUUUUUGUCUCCCAGAGGAACACGGGGCCACUAGAGGAAUGUCCCAGCUGGCCAGGAAGAGUCCAGGCACCUCCUGCCACAGGGCAUGGACAUUGGGAGGUGUGAGGGUAGGGUGGAGAUGUGGGGGACAC